AUGCGGGUGACGUUGCCCACUCCAGCCACGACAAUGACGGGCGAGACGCCGGAGAAGAAGGAGAGGGUUGACUCGUCGCCGGCGAACGAGGAAAAACAGGCGUCGUUGAAGAAGGAACUGACGAUGAAGGACGAGUCGGAGAAAAAUGAUGGUGGUGGGUUGCCUCCAGAGAAGAGGACGCUGAAGCCAACCACGGAGGCAGGGUGGCCACCAUGCCGGCAGUUGAGAGCGUCGCCGUCGUGGAAGGAUCGAUCCUGCAGUGCUAGCAAAGAAGAAAAUCUCGCUGCUACGAUCAAAGGAUAUGAAGACGUGCCUGCCAACAACGAAGUCGCAUUGAUGAAGGCAGUGGCUAGUCAACCGAUUUCUGUGGCAAUUGAUGCAGGGGAUUCCUCGUUCCAGCUCUACGGGAGUGGGAUAUUUACAUGA